AUGGACGAUAAACAAAUGAAACAACUCCUCAAGUUGGUUUUAAUGGCAUUGGCAGCUACGUUUGCCCCAAUCUGGAUCCCUGUUGCGGUCAUAACAGUGGUACCAGCAUUCCUCAUCCUGGCAGGAAUUCUAUGCACCCUUGCUCUCGGCAUAACAACGAUUCUAACUAUUCUAUUGGGCGUCUUUGGAGUACCCUUGUUGUUUAGCACAGCUGUCACCGGAAUGGCAUACUUGAUAUACAAAGCUUUUGAAAAAAUUGCUACAAAAGUAAAAUGCAUUCUCAAACGAUCCCUCAGCGAACUGAAUAUUACUGGAAGAAUCCAGUCAUGGUUCAAUCUGAAAAAGUUCUUAAUGGUAGGUAUUUCUAAAACUACAUCAAAGUUUCAGUCAUGAGCUCUGUGUAGAACGCCAAAAUGCAUAUUUUCACUCUCGUAUGGUACGGUAGCAUUUUAAACCUUUACAGCCUACAGCCUACACUCCACAGGUAGUUUUUCUAGCAGAUCUAAAGUUGAUCAAAAUUGCUCUGUAGAAGGUUAAAGCUCUGUUUUACACAUUUGAAACUGCAUUAAAUUCAUGCGAAGUAAAUACAAAACAAGAUUUCCAUACAUAAAUACAUGCGUAAGCUUCUUAGUAACGAAAAGUGAUACCUUACUUUUGGUUUUUGGGCCAGUACUUUCUGCUGCCCUGCAAGCAGAGCCUGAUUUCUCCGAGAAAGGGGGAGGCUCUGCUUUACGGCAGAGUAGAAUGCUGUGGCCAUGCUCACAAUUUCUUUGUGAAAACUUGCCUGUUGCAACAUGCCAUUAUGAUGAGAAUUGGCAAAAUUUAAACAUUUUCCAGUUCCUCUCCCCAACAUUUUAAUAUUUCACAUCUAGAUACGCAUGCAUUUAUUCUUUAGGUCCUGCCAAUUAUUAACCGAUUCGUGGACAAUGGGGAACGUCAACGAGCAGUCUAUGAAGAGGAGAAUGAAACUGAAACUGUGGUUUCUCGUAUUAGACGACCAGUAAGUUUUUAAGUUGUUCAAAUCGCUCAACGAUACGCGCAAGAACGCGCAAGUUGUCACAGAUCUGUAAAUAAGUUGUAACAAGGUUGUUGUGAAGUCGAUAUCAGGAUGUGUUCGCACUGCUUGUUCCCAGUUGUUCUGACAAAUCUGGAACAACACCUUGUUACAAGGUUGACGACGGUAACAGACUUGCUACGAGUUGUUCCAACAAGACUAACACAAGCUGUUCGUAACAAGUUGUUACGAGCUUGUUGUUACCAACCUGUUACCAUCCUGUUACCAUCCUGUUAACAACUUGUUACAUGCAGACGACAUCAGACUUGUUCGAAGUCUGUUGGCCUCAUGAACCUUGUUACAAGAUCAUAACAAGAUUUUUCCAAAUUUGUCAAGAACUGGGAACAAGCAGUGCGAACAUAUCUUGUUGAUAUAUCUUGCUGACAAGCUGCGAGAUUUUUACGCUAGAAAAGAUAGAUCGGUAACAACUAGUUGCAGAAGAGAAAGGCGCUCGCCGACGGUUUCACUCGAAAUAUAUUAUGCAAUCGCUGAUUUCUUCGAUUCAUUUUCUAGAGCGCAACCCGAUUCCCAUUUCCAAAGGCAAGUCUCCCUGCGUUUGACUUGUCUGAUGUCAACGAUGGAGAAGAAAUCGAGAUCUUCUUCAACAACGUGAAAGAACUGGAUUCCACCAUCCGUGUCUUGCUUAGGUCGGCGCGGGAUCGUGCUGUCUUGCGCAGGGGCACAAGGCGCAACACCGUGCGCUAGUAUGUUGUCGUCUUUGGUCUUGGACCGGGAUUUUAUUGUACUGUAUACGUCUCCUGUAUUUGGAAAAACUGCGUGCGUUUGACCGUCGUUUUCAACUUAGGAUGAUCGGUUGCGCGUCUGACUGAUCUUCGUAGGAAAGGUUUUCUUGGCUGUUUCAGACCAUAUCGGAAUCUGAACUAUCGAUAUCUUUCGUCCAACGACGUGGCUCUAUCUGACCUAAUAUACCAGACGUGA